AUGCGUUCUGGGAACUCUGUCUCAUCCCAGUCUCUGAUCCGGAGGAAAGGGCAGCACAGCCUUAGGAAGAAUGGAUAAGCAUGGAGUGAAGACCCCCUUGUGGAAGAAGGAACUGGCCGAGCCGCCGCCCAGCGAGGCAGAGGCGGCCGCAGAGGAGGGGUCGGAUGAAGGGGAAGAAGAGGAGGACGAGGAGGAGGAGGAGGCGGCGACAGCGAGGCCGCGGGAGCAGAGUGGGGCGGAGGGCGAGGCGCCGCGCUGGGAGGCGGAGGGCGGCGAGGGCCGCGAGCGAGGCUCGGUGUCCUACUGCCCGCUGCGCCAGGAGUCCAGUACCCAGCAGGUGGCGCUGCUGCGACGCGCGGACAGCGGCUUCUGGGGCUGGCUCGGGCCGCUCGCGCUGCUGGGCGGCCUGGCGGCUCCGGCGGACAGGAAGAGGAGCCUCCCGGAGCCGCCUUGCGUGCUGGAGACGCGGCGCCGGCCGCCUCGCGCGGGGGGCUGUGCGCGCUGCGAGAUCCUUUUCUGCAAGAAGUGCAGGAACCUGCACAGCCACCCGGCCUACGUGGCGCACUGCAUUCUGGAGCACUCCAGUCCGCGUAAGGCGCGGGCUUCCGGGGGCGCGGGGGCCGCCGGGUGCCCCUGA